AUGACCAAUAAUGAAUUUUGUGUUACAGACAGCAUCCCAGUACACUGCGGACGAAACGCUUUCGAUGACAAAUGGGCCGGUUUAUUCACGAAGAAGUCAUCUUGGCAGCUGCUGAAGCGUAUUGUCGGUGGAACUGAGUCAGCGUAUGGAGAAUGGCCUUGGCUAGUUUCAUUCCUAAUCUACCAGAACGCAGAACAGGUUCGAAGUCACAAAACUCGGGUGAGGGGCCUGGACGAAAUAUUUGUACCUCCUACAAUGCUGACAAAUUAUCCUGACGGAUCGAGAAUGUUUCAUAUAUGUGGAGGCACGCUUAUCCAUCCAAAGUGGAUCAUAUCAGCAGCCCACUGUUUUCGGCCGAAUCCGCAAUACCCGGACUUAUCACCACAACCGGAACGUUGGCUUGCUCGCGUUGGAGAGCAUGAUAUGUUGGACGAAUCCGUACCACAUUACGACAUGACUGUGAAACGAAUAAUCGUUCAUCCAGAAUAUACUGAUAGAACAAGAGAAAACGAUAUUGCUCUUAUUGAGCUGAACGAAGAGAUACCACUUGGCCCGCAAAUAAAUGUUGCCUGUUUACCUGCAAUAAACGAAAAGCCUGUGCCCAAUCAAAAGUGUUUUGCAGCAGGAUGGGGUCACCCAUCACAUGAAGCGAAAAAUAUCACAACAGUGCUACAUCACGUGGAGGUCCCAGUGACAGCUCAUGACAAAUGCUCCAAACUCUACUCAGCUGACGGAAUCGACAGAAUUUCCGAAUCGAUGAUCUGCGCCGGUUCCGAGGCGGGUGGAAAAGAUGCAUGUCAGUUCGAUUCUGGCGGACCGUUAGUUUGCAAAGUCAGUGGUCAGUGGCGCUUGAUCGGCGUCGUCUCAUUCGGCGUGGAGUGCGGCUUGCCGGAGUACCCCGGAGUUUACACCGACGUGUCCUACUUUGUGCCGUGGAUACAGGCCAUUGUCAGGGAACCAUUCUGAUUUCGAACACCUCAUCUCUCUUCUCGCAUAAACCAAG